AGACAUCUGCGGCAGAGAUGCGGCAUCCAGCUGGUUUUUUAAUCAUUGUUUAUUGUGCGGUGAGGCGGAGCCCUAUGCUGGACAGUACGUACAGUAUCCAUCUAAGUGAGACAUGUAUUCUCAGCCAAUGAUGAUACACGCGAUGCCCGGUGACUUUCGACACUUGGUACUGCCCGCUGGCAUUGCCUUGCUAGCCAUCAUAUAUUAUGCACUGUGUGUGUAUAAGGUACAUGAUAUCGUUCAUCCCUCGUCCACAAAACCUGUUUUCUACUUCUGGAGUCAAUGGAGUCUGAGUAUUCGGCUGACGCUUUUGUAGCGGCGAGUAGUCUCCGGACCUCCACUUACAUAUACACGUCGAUGGCUACAUUUUGGACCUACGGCUAUGCUUGUUCACUUCAUGAGGAGUGGACGUUUCUGCUUCAAUCCCGCUGGACUAAGAUAAAGGGCCUUUAUAUCGUUGCACGAUAUGCGCCCUUUCUCCUAUUCACGGGUCACCUUUAUAUGAAUUUUAUUCCCGACGGGGACCCCAAUAAAUGCCAGAUGCUCGACAACGUCUGCUCAUGUUUCAGCCUAAUAUCAAUCAUUUGUUCUGAAUCUUUUUUUGUCCUCAGAACAUAUGCACUGUGGAACAAAAAUAGGUUCGUUCUUGCAGCCAUGCUGGCCGCCUUUCUUGCUGUCGGCGCAGCAUCCGCUGGCCUGUUCUUUGCAUUUCUCGAUACUGCACCAUUUGAGACUAGCCCGAUCCCGGGUAUUACAGGUUGCUACCAGCCGUCAGGCAGCAUCGGGUUCUUUCUACCAUUUAUUCUCUUAUCUGUGCUCCAACUGGGACUCAUCUCCCUCACGCUCAUACGCGCCCUGCGGACCUGGCGGGUGUCCAACAACUAUCUAUCUGCCGUCCUGCUGAAACAUAAUAUAUUUUACUAUGCAUGCGGUUUUUUGUGCUCGAUGAUGAACGUCCUCGCGUCGAUGCUUCUUCAUGAUGCCUACAAGGCCAUGUUCCAAGAUUUUCAGUUCAUCAUCCUCGCGAUCCUCGCCACAGACAUGCACCUCCAUCUUUGGCAUAAAGAUCGGCACCAGCAUAGCUCUAAUGCUGUCACGCUUAUUCCUAUGUCUUAAAUGUCAUCUGUGGGCCGUAGUACAGCGUGCGGGGAGGUUUAAUGUGGGUCCAGACGGUGCCGGAGGUCCUGGUUCAGGUGUCUCCGCAUCAGUAGUCCGUAUCUAUACAUCGAUUCUUACCGUCGAAUUAGCCUGUCCAUCCCGCGGGGAAUCACAUUGUG